UUGGCAUCAAAAGUACAUGUAUUGUCCCCUCCCAUCACUUAUUUGUCAAUUAAGACAAAAAGUGAACAUCCCCCCUUCCCCCCAUCAUUGUAUUCGGCCAGCACCAAGGAGAGAAGGGAAAAGGAGCUCUGAAAGCUCAUCCUCCAUAGCCAACUCGAGUCCAAGCUCAAACAAGGAAAAGGGGAAAAGUUUAGGGGAGAAAAAGGGAGAAAAAGGUGUGGAAAUUAAGUUUCAGGAAGAACUUGAAGUUGCUACGCUGCCCGUCGUUCGGGAAGAUCCAAGGAGAGAAAACGUGGUUCGUGUUUUCCUCCGUUUUCUGAUUUUAAAACAAUAUUGAUAAUGCUCAUGGAUAUUUUACUUACAAUAAAUUGCUCUUGGGCUUGCGUGCCCAUGUUGUUGGCCGAAUGUGGCUUAAGAUUUACCGUUGAGUACUUUCGCUAUUCAUUGGUAUAAAUGUGAUGUUGUUAUGUAUGUUUA